GGCGGUUGCUGGUGCGGAAGCUCCGUCCAAAUCCGAACCUCCUCCAUAGUCCAAACCCCAACCUAAGAAAUGGAGGCGCUCGUGGUGCGGAAGCUCGGCGAUCCCACGCUGCCGCCCGGCGGCGAGGACUCGCCGUUUGCGGCGGUCUCGGGUGACCGACCAAUUCCGGAGCUGUCCUCGCCGACCUCCGUGCGGGUGCGCGUGGCGGCAACCAGCCUCAAUUUCGCGACGUUCCUGCAAGUGCAGGGCAAGUACCAGGAGCGCCCCCUGCUGCCCUACGUCCCGGGGUCCGACUACGCCGGCGUCGUCGACGCCGUCGGCCCCGGCGUGCGCAGAUUCCGCCCCGGCGACCGCGUCUGCUCCCUCGCUAGCGUCGGGUCCUUCGCCGAGUUUGUCGUCGCCGACGAGAAGGCACUAUACGCAGUCCCUGAUCGAUGUGACCUCGUCGCUGCUGGAGCAUUACCUGUUGCAUUUGGUACAUCACAUUUGGCCCUUGCCCACAGAGCUCAACUAAAGGCUGGUCAGGUGCUACUUGUACUUGGUGCUGCCGGCGGUGUUGGGGUAUCAGCUGUACAGAUAGGAAAAGUUUGCGGUGCUAUUGUCAUUGCAGUUGCCAGGGGAGUUGAGAAAUUGCAGUAUCUCAAGUCAAUAGGAGCCGAUCAUGUGAUUGACUCAAGCAAGGAGAAUGCUAUUGAGAGUGCCAAGUCCUUUUUAAAGGCUAGUGGUCUCAAAGGUGUCGAUGUUUUAUAUGACCCUGUUGGUGGCAAGCUUACUCAAGAUAGCUUGAAACUUCUCAAUUGGGGUGCACAUAUUCUGCUCAUUGGAUUUGCUAGUGGGGAUGUUCCAGUUAUUCGAGCCAACAUUGCACUUAUUAAGAACUGGACAAUUCAUGGUCUGUACUGGGGAAGCUACUUAACUCACCGGCCAGCAGUACUCAUUGACUCACUUAACGAACUCCUGUCAUGGCUUUCAAAGGGUUUGAUAACAGUUAAACUUUCACACACCUACAGGCUCGCUGAGGCCCAUCUCGCUUUUGCUGACUUGAGAGAUAGGAAAGCGGUCGGUAAAGUGAUGAUCGUUAUGGGCUCCUCAGCAAAAUCAAGACUCUGAUGGAUGAGUUCCUUGGUUUAUCGGCUAGUUCUUUUUAGCUGCCGAUUUGGAGAAUCUGAUUCUGAGAAACUGCCCCAGAGUUAGCUGUGUGUAGAAUCAGUUGUCCAAUUCUUUUCAGCUGUUGCAGUCUGAGAUUGCUGUAUAAGUUGUGUGCUGAAAGCCGUCGGAUUGUUGUAUAAGUAUGCCAGGCUAACAUAAAUUUCAUACAGGAGGGUGGCUGAAUAAUCCUCUGGGUGAAUAAAAGCUUUGGGUGCUAUGUAAAGUUUCCGCAAAUUCUCUUA